UUGCUUUUGUAACUCAAUUCAACUGCUUAGUGCUUGUUAUUGUCAUUCUCAAGUUUCAAAGAAUUUCGUUGUUGAUUAUUUAUAUUUCUCGGUUUUUGUUUGGUCUUAUUAAGUCAAUUCUACUUGCUAAUUAUAUUAUAUCUGAAAUCUUUAAGAAUGUCGUCGCCACUUGAAAAUUUAGAAACUCAAUUGGAGAUGUUCAUAGAAAACGUCCGACAGAUACGUAUUAUUGUUAGUGACUUUCAACCACAAGGACAAAGUGUAUUGAAUCAAAAGAUACAAUCACUUGUAACUGGACUACAAGAAGUUGACAAGUUGAAAUCUCAAGUCCAUGAUAUUCAUGUGCCAACUGAAGUGUUUGACUAUAUUGAUCAAGGCAGAAAUCCACAACUCUAUACCAAGGAUUGCAUUGACAAAGCCUUGGCGAAGAACGAAGAGGUUAAAGGAAAAAUUGAUUCAUACAAGCGAUUCAAGAGCCAUCUACUGUCUGAAUUGUCAAAAACAUUUCCUAAUGAAAUAGCAAAAUAUAAAGCCAUUCGAGGUGGUGAAUAAUUCAAUAAUUUCAAUAUGUCUUAAUUGUAUACAUAGUUGUAAGUAAUUUAAUGUUUUCUCUAGGAACUGAUAAAUAUAGCUUUAGAUUGUCAUUAAAUGUGUGUUGCCACUUUGGUAGUAAAAUGUUAUUCAUGUCAUUCUCUGUGGAAAAAAAAACAAAGAUAACAAUGUGCUUUUAUACAAGGAAUAAGGCAAUGGAAUGUCAUGGAUU